AUGGAAUCUGAGGGAGUGUUGCUAUCACUGAUCCACGAGCAUCCUAUGAUGCCUUUCAAUGAUUUGAGGAGAGGUGAUUGUUGUCGACGCUUUGAAUCUCAGAGUGAUGGUUACUAUUGUAAAACCUGUGAUUUUUUCGUGCACAAGAAAUGUCGGGAAGAGAUCUCUCAACUCAUCAACCACCCAUCUCAUCCCGAUCAUACUCUCUGGCUUCGAUAUAAAUCAUGUAGCAGAUGUGAUUUAUGUGGUAUUACAAAUGACAAUCUAUCCUAUGUUUGUAAGAUGUGCGACUUCGACUUGGAUCUACACUGUGCCAAAUACCCCCCACCAGAUGUGAUUGACAAUUUCGAGACGCAUCAUCACAAGCUCACACUUGUCAAGCAGCUGACCAGGUUCGACUGUUCUGCUAAAUGUGGGAAGAUUGAUGUUGGGUUUCCAUACACAUGCUGUGAAUGUGAUAUCGAUGUAGCAUUCCAUGUGUUUUGUGUAUGGCACCCAUCAGCAGAGCUAAGUUAUUCCCCAGAGGUAAACCACCCUUCCCAUUCCUUACAUCCUCUUAAGCUCCUCACGGGUGAUCCACCUGAGUAUUCUGAUGGAAGAUGUCGUCUUUGUAGAAGAAAGAUCGAUAGAAAAUUUUAUCAUUGUUCUUCUUGUAACUUCACCUUGGAUUUACCUUGUGUUUUGAACCCGCCACCACAAUCUCUUUUGGACUUGAAAGUUCAUGAUCAUGAACUCACCCUUCUUCCAAGACUCGAUUCUUUUACUUGUAAUGCUUGCGGCCUCAAGGGAGAUCGAAGCCCUUACGCGUGCUUUCAUUGUGGUUUCAUGAUACAUCAAGAUUGUCUUCGCCUUCCACGCAUCAUUAACAUCAAUCGUCAUCAUCACCGUGUUUCUCGUACUUCGGUUCUUGGUGACGGUGCUAUGAACUCUGUGUGCGGAGUUUGUCGUAAGAAAGUGGAUUGGACUUGUGGUGGGUUUUCUUGUCAGAGGUGUCUUGGCUAUGUUGUUCAUUCUAAAUGUGCUACCAGAGAAGAUGUGUGGAAUGGGGAAGAGCUCGAAGGAGUGCCUGAAGAAGAAGAAGAAGAUAUCGAACCAUAUAUGGUGAUAGAUGAAAACACGAUUCAACAUUUCAGCCACAAAGAGCAUUACCUAAGACGAAUCCAUGGGAAUGGUAUUGUUUAUGAGGAGAACAAAAGAUGCAGUGCAUGCACCCAUCCCAUAGGUCUCCAGUCCUUUUAUGGAUGUAUGGAUUGUGAUUUUUCUCUCCAUCAGAGUUGUGCUGAAUUUCCUAAAAGGAUAAGGCAUGUGCUACACAAUGAUCGGCUCACUUUAGUUACAAGCAAGGAGCUAGAUUUCUUUACGUGCGAUGCUUGCUACCGAUGGUCCAAUGGUUUCAUGUAUAUCCAUGAGACGGUAAAGUUAGAUGUGUUGUGUGGCUCAAUUUCUGAGCCAUUUGUCCAUCCAAGUCAUCCCCAACAUCCCUUAUAUUACAUUCCAACAGAAUUUGAUGGGAAGUGCAAUGGUUGUGACAGUUCGGAAAAACUCCUGAGGUGCAUUGAAGGUGAUUGUGGAUUUGUAUUGGGAUUCAAAUGUGCCACUCUACCACAAGUGGUAAAGCAUAGAGUAGAUGAUCAUCCUCUCUCACUAUAUUAUGGUGAAGAAGAGGCAAGUGGUAAAUACUGGUGUGACAUUUGUGAGAAAGAAAUCAAUCCAAAAAACUGGUUCUACACGUGUAAAGAUCAACAAGCUAGUUUGCAUAUAAGAUGUGUGCGUGGAGACUUUUCCGGGCUCAUGCCAAGAAGCAUAGUAAAGUGGCGGGGCAAAUCGUAUGAAGUGAUGCUCAAUAAUAGUGUAACUCGCCCAUUUUGCAGCUACUGUUUGUUUAUAGCAAAAGAGCGACCUGCUUUCUUGAAAAUCACUGUGAUUGUAGUGAGUGACUGA